GCGGGAGCUUCAAGAUGGCGGCGACAGCUACCUGCGGCGCGGGCGUCCCGAGCCUGGCAUCCACAGCCGGCCCGAGCGGCACCACCAGCUUCCAGAGGAAGAGCAAGGCCUCUGGGGCUGACGGAGGUGGCCCUCGGCUGCUGUCCAUUGCGGGCACGCGACCGUCGGUGCGGAAUGGACAGCUGCUGGUGUCAACCGGGCUCCCAGCCCUGGACCAGCUCCUAGGUGGAGGCUUAGCUGUCGGAACAGUUCUUCUGAUUGAAGAAGAUAAAUAUAAUAUUUAUUCACCUUUGCUCUUCAAGUAUUUCCUGGCAGAAGGAAUCGUCAAUGGGCAUACUAUGUUGGUUGCAUCUGCCAGAGAAAAGCCUGCCGACAUUUUACAGGAACUCCCUGCACCACUACUUGAUGAUAAUGGUAAAAAGGAGAUUGAAGAUAUGCAUAAUCCUAAAACACCAGAAGCAGAUGUUAACAUGAAAAUAGCCUGGAGAUACCAGUUACUGCCCCAGAUGCAGGCUGGACCAGUGUCAUCUUCACGAUUUGGUCACUAUUAUGAUAUAUCAAAAAGGAUUCCUCCGGAGCUGCUGGGGAAUUCAAAAUGGCAUGGAUUCUUCCUUAAAGAACACAUAACUUCAGAUCAUAAGGGAGAAUCCUGUUCUUUGUCCCGAGGCUACAUGAAGCUGCUUCAGUUCAUUCAGAACAUCAUUCAUACUGAAGGAUUUGAUGGAUCUAAUCCCCAGAAAAAACAGAAAAACAUUUUAAGAAUAGGAAUUCAGAACCUUGGUUCACCGUUAUGGGAAGAUGACAUUUGCUGUACAGAAAAUUGUGACAACAGACACAGUCUUACCAAGUUCCUCUAUGUUCUCCGUGGCCUUCUAAGAGCUUCACUGUCAGUCUGUGUCAUCACAAUACCAACACAUCUGAUCCAGAAUAAUGCAAUUAUUACUCGGGAGAAUUUGUCAAUAUACUGCGUUGGUCUGGAAUCUUUUAUUGGUUCAGAGAAAGAAACAAACCCAUUAUAUAAGGAUUAUCAUGGUAAGCAUCAUCUUUAUUAUGACCAGAACAUGUUCUGA